AUGGACUUGUUCCGGGUCAGAUUGAAUUGUAUCGAUCACUACCAAGCGACUCCGACGCGAUAUGACCCCCAGCUUCGCAACGAUGUCCGUCCUUCUCAGAUCUCGAAAGGGCCCAAGGUUCCUGUCAUUAGGAUCUUUGGAUCGACAGAGACAGGUCAGAAAGUUUGUGCCCAUGUUCAUGGUGCGUUCCCGUACCUGUACGUGGAAUACCAGGGGGGCCUAGCUCCUGAUGAAGUCGGUGCAUACAUCUACCGAUUUCAUCUUUCCAUCGAUCAUGCCUUGGCAGUCAGCUAUCGGAGAGAUAAGAAAGGCGACAAUGCAAGGUUCGUGGCGAGAAUCACCCUUGUCAAGGGAGUUCCGUUCUACGGCUUUCAUGUGGGAUACCGCUUCUUCUUGAAGAUCUAUAUGUUCAACCCUGUUGUCAUGACAAGACUGGCCGACCUCCUUCAGCAAGGCGUCAUCAUGAAGCAGAAGUUUCAGCCUUACGAAGCGCAUCUCCAGUACCUUCUCCAGUUCAUGACUGACUUCAACCUCUACGGCUGUGACUAUUUGGACGCUUCAAGCACCCGAUUCCGGUCUCCCGUCCCCGAAUAUGAUCAGGGAUUGAACUCGACGCAUUUAUGGCACACUCGGUCCAUCCCUGAGGGGUACAUCACAGAUGAGACCACACUUCCUCGAGCCAGCCACUGCUCGAUAGAAGUAGACAUCUGCGUCCAGGAUAUUAUCAACCGGAAGAAGGUCAGGGAAAGGCCACUGCAUCAUGACUUCACGGAGCGAACCAACCCGAUUCCUGGAGACAUGAAAUACGUUUACAGCAUGGCUGGGUUGUGGAAGGACGAGACGAAGAGACGGAAACGAAAGAUGCAGAACCCUGGCCCAGGGAGCAGUCCAUUUCCACCAGAGGUUCUUGUAUCCAUGUCGGCCAACGUUCGAGACUCGCAGCCACAGGGCUGGAUCCACGAGGACGAGUAUCGGGCUCAGAUUCAAGAGCUCAUUUUGGCUGAGAGGGGUGCAACCUCUGACGAGUUGUCCUUCGACAACUUUGCCAAGGCCCUUCCGUACGAGGAUCAAGUAAGAACUACGCUACAGUCUGUUGAAGAUCUUUUUCCUUCAACCCUUGCACCAGUACUGGGUCUGCCAUCAGGGGUAGAAGAAGCGAGGCAAGAUCCAGCAAGCAGCAUUGAGGUCGACGAACGCAAGUCGCGCCAAGUCGGCAACUUGCAAGAUGAGUUCUUCUCUGAAGACUCGGACGAGGAAGCCAUUUCAAUGAUGGUGGCCAUGGAGAAGGCUGCCGCUAAGGGUUCUCGGGGUUCCACAGCCCAAUCUUCAGGGGUGAGGCGUAAACAGGAUACCACGACCGAUGCCAUGGACGAUUUAGAGGACGAUUCUUUGGACUCGCUGCUCGGCAUCUGCCGAAGUGGCCUGAAGACUGGCAGACUGCCCGACAUCCCCCUGAGCAAAGAGUUGCUAGAGUUGGCAGAAAACGAAGGCUUAAUUGGCCGCACCUGGAAGACUGCACCUGCCAACGCACCUCUACAGUUGAAGAGGCCCUUGUCCAGCGCGACAUCAACUCUAUCACCCAACAAACGACCCAGACUCGACGAGCCGCCACUCAUCGAUGAUGAUGAGAUGCACUUGGUUCCCAUUCCCCCAGACUCGAGUAAACCGUCAACCUCUACAUUCAGGACCCAUUCAAUCCUCAAAGGCCGUUCAUCAGUAACCAAAGCCUCGACUUCACCUUCAAAGGAAGCUGCUGGUUCUAACUCGAAACUCCAUUUCCCAACCGUCAAGGACCAAAAUGAUCCCAACACGAAACUCCGUCUCAGCCAGAUGAGCCAGAAGUCGGCUUCUCAGCAAAGUGAAGACGGUCACUUCACCAAACACGUUUCCUUUGACCCCAGCACCUUUGCUCCUGGUCCUGAGAAGGGCCUAUCCCAAGUUACAUUGUCCUCGUCUUUGCUAUCAUCUAUUGCUCUUGAUGAGGACAACGAUAGCCAGGAGUCUAAGAUCCAGCGAGCCAUUGAAAGGUUUUCAGGGUCUCAGAUUCAUCUCGUCCUGCCACCGCCUCCCUCUGCCGCCUCUGUAGCUUCCUCCCUGAAGGAGUACUUUCUUCCCGAUGCCAUCUACCAGGAUGCAUAUUAUAGCAAGGAAAAGGAUGUCCCCGGUCGGACGCGGGAGUAUGCUGGAAAGGAAUUUCGGCUGGAAGGCAACACGCUCCCAUUUCUCCCCGAGUUUGACCCAACGGCAACCUCACCCGCUAACUAUGGAAUCAAGCAUGGCGCUCUUGACAAGACACGCAUGAAUCUUCAGUUUGAACGUCGAGGGAAGAAGUGCUCGUGGCGAGGCUGGGAGAUCGCAAACCCACCGCCAACGUACCACGAAGUUGAGAGCUGGUGGCUCGAAAAGGAGCGAGCUGCCAACGCAGAGCCAGGCUCCGACUUGCCGCCAACCCCAAGACACUACCACUCUCAGAUCGACGGUCCAACGCCAAAGAACAAGCAUGGCUUCAAGUACACACAGGGAAAGAAGACGACAAGCGUGGAGCAUGAGGCUCAGUACAUGAGCACGAUGAGCCUCGAGGUUCAUGUCAACACAAGGGGCAAGUUCGUGCCUAAUCCUGAAGAAGACGAAGUUCAAUGUGUCUUCUGGGCACUCAAGUCAGACGAGACGGUCAUUGGCAGCCAGAAUUCAGCCGAUGCAGUUCAAACGGGCAUACUAGUGCUAUCCGGCGACAGUGGCUUGCCUGAGCGUAUCCGGCGUCAAACGACUGCUGAAGUCAUCGAGGAGACUUCUGAACUGGACCUUAUGGUGCGGAUGGUUGAGAUCGUGAGGACACAUGACCCUGAUAUCUUGACUGGGUACGAGGUUCAUGGCAGUUCGUGGGGCUACAUGAUUGAGAGGGCUCGUCUCAAGUACGACUACAACCUCUGCGACGAGUUCUCUCGCAUGAAGACAGAGUCCCAUGGAAGGUUUGGCAAGGAGAACGACCGAUGGGGAUUCAACACUACCUCGACAAUCAGAGUCACGGGCCGACACAUGAUCAACGUUUGGAGGGCGAUGAGAGGAGAGCUCAAUCUCCUUCAAUAUACGAUGGAGAACGUCGCCUGGCACUUGCUUCACCGUCGCAUACCGCAUUACUCCUGGAAGUCUUUGACUAGUUGGUACCAGAGUGGGAAGCAUCGCGAACUCAGCCGAAUGUUAAGAUAUUACCAAAACCGGACUCGACUCGACAUUGAAAUUCUUGAGGCAAAUGAGCUCAUCGCUAGAACAAGCGAACAAGCUCGACUUCUCGGCGUGGACUUUUUUUCUGUGUUUUCUCGAGGAUCCCAGUUCAAAGUCGAGUCUAUCAUGUUCAGGAUUGCAAAGCCGGAGAACUUGCUCCUCGUGUCGCCCAGUCGCAAGCAGGUCGGCGGUCAGAACGCCCUUGAGUGUCUUCCGCUUGUCAUGGAACCACAGAGCGCUUUCUACAACAGUCCUCUCGUGGUACUUGACUUUCAAAGUCUGUAUCCGAGUGUCAUGAUUGCCUACAACUACUGCUACUCGACCUUUCUAGGUCGAAUCACCAACUGGAGAGGCAUGAACAAGAUGGGCUUUACCGAGUACAAGAGGCAGCAAGGUCUCCUUGCACUCCUGGAGGAUUACAUCAAUAUUGCACCAAACGGUAUGAUGUAUGCAAAGACAGAGAUUCGCAAGUCACUGCUUGCCAAGAUGCUCACGGAGAUUCUCGAAACGCGAGUGAUGGUCAAGAGCGGAAUGAAACAGGACAAGGACGACAAGGUACUUCAACAACUCUUGAACAACAGACAACUAGCCCUGAAGCUCCUCGCCAACGUCACCUAUGGCUAUACCUCUGCAUCUUUCUCCGGUCGCAUGCCAUGCUCGGAGAUUGCGGACAGCAUCGUGCAGACAGGCCGGGAAACCCUUGAGAGGGCGAUCGCCUACAUCCACUCGGUAGAGAAAUGGGGUGCCGAGGUCGUCUAUGGCGACACUGACAGCUUGUUCAUCUACAUGAAGGGUCGGACAAGGGAACAGGCGUUCGACAUUGGAAACGAGAUUGCCAAGGCCAUCACCGAGAUGAACCCACGACCAAUCAAACUCAAGUUUGAAAAGGUCUACCACCCUUGCGUUCUUCUCGCCAAGAAGCGAUAUGUCGGUUACAAGUACGAGAGCAAAAACCAGACGAAACCCGAGUUUGACGCCAAGGGAAUUGAGACUGUCCGUCGUGAUGGCACGCCGGCGGAGCAGAAGAUUGAGGAGAAGGCUCUCCGACUCCUCUUUGAGACAGCAGAUCUCAGUCAGAUCAAGGCAUAUUUCCAGAAGCAGUGCCAGAAGAUCAUGCGCAACAACGUUUCGGUGCAGGACUUUUGCUUUGCCAAGGAAGUUCGUCUAGGAACGUACUCUGACAAAGGUCCUGCUCCUGCUGGAGCUCUGAUCAGCACCAAGCGUAUGCUCGAGGAUGCACGCGCAGAGCCACAAUACGGCGAGAGGGUCCCCUACGUUGUCAUCACUGGUGCUCCAGGUGCUCGACUCAUCGAUCGCUGCGUGGCGCCCGAAGAGCUUCUCAGCAACCCGCAUUGGCGGCUCGAUGCCGAGUACUAUAUUUCCAAGAACUUGAUCCCACCGCUGGAGCGCAUCUUCAACCUUGUGGGUGCCAACGUCCGACAGUGGUAUGAUGAGAUGCCCAAAGUACAGCGAAUACGCCAUGCGACUACGCUCGGGACACGAAAGACAACCCUCGAGUCGUACAUGAAGUCCUCUCACUGCCUCAUCUGCGACAAGAAGUUCGCCAACGAGGACAAUCCGCUGUGUCCAGCCUGUCGAACCAAUGUCCCUGCGUCGCUUCUCACCCUUCAGACACGUCUAUCGACCGAGGAGCGUCGCUUGCAAGAGGUAUUAUCACUCUGUCGUAGCUGCGCGGGAAUAGGGCCUGUGGAGGAUGUCCAAUGCGACAGCAAGGACUGCCCUGUCUUUUGGACGCGCAUGAGGCAGACCAGCAAGACACGUGAAGCGCGGAAUACGAACCAACCCGUGAUACAGGCGUUGGUUGAAGGUGUUGACAGGUUGUCACUUGAUUGGUGA